GGUCAGUGGAAAGUCACAGUUGCUUCGCCUUUCUCUAUAACACAACUGUAUUUCUUAUACAUUCACUUUCUUAUAAUAAUUCAAAUUAAAAAUGAAGUUGGCCCUUAUCUUGCUGUCCAUUUGCGUGGCCAUGUCUCACCAACAAUAUUACCACCCCCGGAUGAUGAUGGGACAUCCCUGGAUGUCUCCAUUCGCCCAGCAUCCGCAUCCCAUGUAUUUCAAUAAUUACAUGGGCCAAUAUCCUUACAUGGGCCAGGCUAACAGGUACGUCAAUAACGCUCAGGCGAGAGUUAAGGGUUACGAACCUUUGCCGGAAGAAUUCCAACCUCCGGUUGAGGAUGGCGAAGAAAUUCGAUUUUUUUCGGGAACUUCCAUUGGCAAUCCUUUAUUGAAAACUGUUACCUUUACCAUCACGUCCACCUGCACUGCUCUGAGCGUCACGACGUGCGUGGCCAUUUCGAAUUUGUCGCCCAAUCCGGUCGCUUGUAACGGACGCCGGAGACGCUUCGCCGAGUACAACGACGAGCAAGGCGAAGAUAUUGGGGCCCAAUACCCAAUCAUCCCCAGCGAAGUUCGCAUCGUGAUGCCAACUGCUGAGCCCAGCACUGGAUUGGCCCGUAACGGCCGUGAGUCGCCGUUUGGCAUUUCUUCGUCGAUUGAAGAGAAUUCCAACGACUCGAACGGUAAUCCGCAGUUCCGUGAUAAGCGAUUUUUCAAUUGGAACGCCUUUGCGACUGGAGUGACUAUUACUACCUGGUCGGUCAUUUCGAGCACCUUCACCUCGACGCUGGCCAUUCCCGGCGUCAGCACCGUCCUGCCGUGUCUGCCGGCCGGUUACGGCAUUUGCCAAAUUGCGGUCGGUAAAUAGAGCCUGAUGUUAACAUAAGCAAAUGAACUACCCGUAUUCCACCCUAUAGAAAUCCUUUGAUCGUUGUUGACCAAUGUCCUUUUAAAUAAUUUUAUGACGCUAUUGCUUAAUUCUUGUGUUUAUUUAUGAGCUGGAUUUGUUGCAACGGUAACUGCUUGAAUUAAUUGACUGAAAAUAAAAAUAAAAAAACCUCUUAAUUAAA